AUGGCUGGCGUGGAGACAUACUUUGAUUUUGAUGCGGAGACAUUUCAAAUAACUGAAAAGAAGAGGCUUAGCAGUUCCUCAGGUUUUGAGACCAGCAGUGAUCGCAGUUCUCAAGAUGGCGUUAUGGAGUCACCGCGAAGUCCCAGUCAGGAUUUUUCUUGUUUAACAUGUCCGAGAGGAAGUUUUGAUUCUUUGGUUGCAAGACCUACGGCGGAUGAUUCUAAAGAAAGCAUUAAAUCCACGUCAUCAUUCUGGGACUCGAACGUUCCACCCGAAACUAAAGCCGUGCUUUCAAAAAUUCGAGAUCAGAUGCGAUCUAGUUUAGAAAAAGUAAGAAAACUUGAAGAAGAAGCCAAGCAAAUCCCUUUAUUGCAAGUGAAAAUAUCUACUCUGCAAGAGGAGAAGAGACAACUUGGCUCAGAUAGAAAAACAAGAAAUAUUGGCGUUGGUGACGAUACCAUUCAUGAUAUACUCUGUGAGAAAUGCAACGAAAUUCAGUCGAAAUUGCUUGGACAUUCUUUAGGUGCUGCCGUUGGUUACUGUAGCGAAGUACCUCGGACUGUCGAGGGACGUCGUGGUAAAUCAAGGACUAUCCAAGAUGAUGAUAUUAAAAGUUUUUCAGAUCGCUGCACUCAAACAAAAACUUCAAAUAUGAAAGCACCUCAGUGCAAGCAAACAGUGUCAACGAAUGAUACUCUUCUUCUGGUCCAUCACCUUUUGAAACAAGAUCUAUUGGAUUGGGAAAUGAACUAUUGCUUGAAAGAUUCUUGUGCGGGAGAAGAUAGAGAAAUUCCUAGCUAUACAAAUACAAGUGUCCAAAAUACCGUAUCCACAUGCGAUAAAAGCUUUGGAGUGGAGAUUAUCACUGACAGUAUUGGUGUCAUUGCUUGCCCGACCGUUAUUUCAGUUGCUACGCAAUGUAGCUCUCUAGAAAAUAGAUCUAACAAGAAACAACAUUCUAUUGGCAUUCAAACUGCACAGGAGGAUGUUGAUUUAGUGUCAGUGGGUGUUGGUAUGUCUUCGAUUGAUGAUUCUGAAAAUUGUGAAUGCUCCAAAUGUAAUUCACCGAAAUCUUUAUGUGAAGAUGAAAUACUGCAAUCCAAUAAUUCAAGCAUUGCUGUAGAGACGUCACCUUGGGUCGACGUGGAAGGACAGCUACUUCUUGAGUAUCAUACAUCCAAGUCCUUAUCUUCUGUUGCUGUAGAGACAAGUAUAACCAGCCGUUCAGUGGGCUGCGGUGAUCAAAGCAUUACGGAUGUUUCUUGUCAAAAUUGUGUCCUAAAAAUUUCUCGAUCUCUAGGUGUAAACUGUUCCCCAAAAAUGUCUGACAAAGCAGUUGGAGAUGUAGAUGUAGAUGGAGAUGUUGUACCUAGGACCAGCUCAGUGGGUGUAGGUGAAUGUUGCUUGACUGAUAGUUAUUGUGAGAGGUGUUUUUCACUGCAAACACGGACGGUUGGUGUUGGCAAUGGCAGCGUUUUAGAUACAGUUCAGACUGAUCUCGAAACAUCGAUUCUUACGGAUGUAUCGUUACAGCCGCUCUCACCACCACAAACGCCAAAUUUGGAGGAGAAAUUGACGACAGGACUCAAUGAAAAUGUGUCUCCAAUACAAAGAAUGUUCAGUGAUGAAUAUGAAAGAGUUGAAUCUGAUGAACUCAUCCUGGAUUUCACAAGCGAAAGAUCGUGUAAAGCUGGUCAAAAAAGUACUCGGGAGGACAUUCUUUUCACGUGCAAACUUCUUCAAAGACAUUUUCAAAGCAAUACCGAAAACUUAGACGAAGAGAAUUUAUUGCUUUGCAUAAAGAACAUUGAAGAUUAUUGGUUUACUUGUGUGACAGAUGAAAGACUUGACAACGAGUCUCUGACGGAUCUUAUUAGAGUUUUUCAACAGCAUUUGCCUUAUCUUUUGGAUGGUAUAAUAAACUCCCAAGAUGAACAUGGAAACACAGCGUUGCAUUACGUUGUAACAUACGGAAAUUUUGAUUGUGUGAAUGAGUUACUAAAGACAAACCAAUGCAAUGUGAUUAUCACAAACAAGGCCGGCUAUUCUGCAGUGAUGCUAGCUUCACUGAAGGAAGCUGUCAACUCCAAAGAUAAGGUGGUCUUAAAGCGAUUGUUUGAAAAGGGAAACCUUAAUUGCGUCGCUCAAAGUACUGGUCAAACAGCUCUGAUGUUAGCCGCUGGCAUGGGGAACGUGGAGACCGUCGAUCUCCUUCUCCAAUGUGGGGCAACGAAGACGAUAAACACAGCAGACUUGGAUGGUUCCACAGCGCUAAUGUGCGCAUGUGAGCACGGUUAUGCUAAAGUUGUGAAGAAAUUGUUAGAAGUUGAUGGUUGUGAUGCAAGUAUUGCUGAUCAUGAUGGUAGUACUUCUUUUUCGAUUGCGAUGGAACAUAAUCGAAAAGAUAUUGCUCUGAUGAUCUACAGUCAUAUUGAAGUAUAUAAUUCCACAACACCUCAUCAAUUAAUGAAAAUCUAAAAAUGUUUACAUUUUGUUCUUUUAUGUCACGGCAGAUCAAUCUAUUUAAAAAUUUAUGUAUAAUGAAGUUUAAUAAUA